GUUACCAUAGUAACAUGACGAGGUGCGACGGAAAUUGACGUCGGAUACGUUUAUGAAACGAAAUAGAGCGAUUUUUUAAUCAAAGCACAACCUUUUGGCUCUUCUAAAAACAGGCGAAUCAAACAGUGAGCUCAGCUGUACCAAAAAUGCCUCUGGUCGUGAUGGACUACGUCUGGACCCAGACGGAGACGACGCUUUACAUUAAUGUGCCUCUAAAAGGAACGAAAGCCGGGAAGGUAGACAUUGUCUGUACGGACGAUUACCUCAAGGUGCAUUUCCCCCCUUAUCUGUUUGAAGCCUUCUUGUUUGAGCCUGUUGAUGAUGACAGAAUCGCAGUAAGGGUUGCAAAUGGAUGUGCAGUCAUCACUUUGCCAAAAAGGACCAACAAAGUGUGGGAGCAUCUGAUGAUAAGUACAGAUAAUAAAGAAAAAAUGGAGAUCAGACAGAGGGCUCUGUUAAAAUACCACGAAAAGCUUUCUUCAGAGUCUAUAAGCAAGGCAGCAAAACAACAAGCAGAUAACAAAUAUGCUCUGGAGACAGUGAUAAAGCUUGAAAAAGAGGAACGAGACAGUAUCCAGAAGAUAAAGGACGCAGAACAAGAGAAAACCACACAAGAGUUGGCUGCAUGGCAUUUCAGACAACAACAAAAAGCAGAGCAGGAUGUCCAGCUGAAAUUGCAAAGUGAAAAAGCCAGAUCACGCCAACUAAGAACAGAGACAGAGAGGCAGAAAUGUGGACCUUCUGACCAAGAAAAAAUGAAAUUGGAUCAAAGAAGCAACAGUAAUGCAAAGAGCAAGAAAGCACAAGAUGAACUCCCUCCUCCAAGACACAGAGGAAACAUUCAAGUUACAUUCACCCCAAGAAUCUUUCCAACAGCUCUCAGAGAGUCCAGACUUCCAGAGGAGGAGGAGUGGCUGAGAAAACAAGCUGAAACCUGGCGAAAAGUGAAUGUGGAUGUUGAUGAUCUAAAAGACCUGAAGGAAGAGGAGGGGAACCCUUACUGGUUAAAGGACAAAGGAGACAAAUGUUUUGCCACUGGGGACUUCCUGGGAGCAGUGAAUGCCUAUAGCUUGGCUAUCAGGCUCAUGGGGAAGAUCCCUGCUUUGUAUUCAAACAGGGCCGCAUGCCAUCUGAAGUUAAGGAAUUUUCACAAGGCCAUUGAAGACUCCUCUCAGGCACUUGAUCUGCUGACUCCACCAGUCCCUGCCAAUGCAGCUGCCAGAGUUCGAGCUUUUGUCCGUCGAGGAUCUGCCUUCUGCGAGCUGCAAGCUUAUCCAGAAGUGACUCAAAAGGUGUCCAGGUGUCAGCUGAUCUACCUACAACUUAAUUUCAGGGCUACAAGACUUCCUCGCUGCUCUGAAGAUUGACCCUAAUAAUGAAGCACUGUUGGUGGAUACACAGAGAAUCAGAGACAUCAUUCAAGGAUCUGCUGUCAAUCCUGCCAGUGAGACAGAGUGACACACACGGCAUGUGCUUUGUACGUUAUGUUCAUGAAAUGUUUUACUUAGCACUGGUUUCAGGUUCUUUAUAAAAUAUUAAAAAUUCUUGUAUUUUAUUUACAAAGGUCAUACAUUUGAAAGCUAAGGAUGGAUAACAAAUGUAUUCUGUACAUCCUUUGUAAACAACAUCCUUUGAAAAAUACAGACUUAUGAAUCGUAUCGUAGGUAAAGCCAAGCUACUUUUUUAGUGUCUAGUGUCUCAUUAAGUAAUACCAGUCUUAGUUUUAAAUGAUUUUCAUGAUCAAUUAAUUGUAUAUUAUAUAAAAUGUUGGGGAAAAAAGCAAAAAAAAGAAAUCCAUGUUGAUGUCAUAUUGUGUCCAGUAAAGUCCCGCAUAUUCAGUUCACAAAAA